CACUGUAAUUUGUUGUUUUUUAUGGGAAAACGGAAGAUAAGGCUGCCCUAAUAACCAGGCUGCUUUUCACGGUUACUCUUCACGGGGGCGGCUUUGACUGCUAAGUGGCCCAAACUUCUCCUCCACCCACUCUCCCCCUCUCUCUCUUCCCCCACUAUAUAUAUAACCGGCCUCUCCCCUUACCCACCUCCAAAACCACUCUCUGUGUUUUCUCUCUCUAACUGUUUCUCUCUCUAAGUGCAGUUUCAAUUCCCCUUCAUCCACACACUCUCCUCCCCACUAUAAAUAACACCACCCUCUUCACUUCCCCACCCUCCAAGGCCCAUCUGUGUCUUCUUUCUCUCUCUACAAAAGCCGCGCCCCGUGCUUUCUCUCUCUAAAUGGAGGGCACAGAGGCGCCGCACUGCGCAGUGAAGGGGAAGAGAACGAAGCGACAGAGGCAUCAUCUGCAACACGCUCCCACCCCUUCCUCCCCCGCCUCUCUUUCUCUCUCUUCCUCCUCCACCGACCUCUCACUUUCUCUCUCUAGCACCACCACUGAUGAAGAAGAGGACAUGGCCAAUUGCCUCAUCCUCCUCGCUCAAGGCCCCAAUCACCCUCCGUCCCGGAAAUCAACGGCCACAAACAAAUCAGGCUCCUACGAGUGCAAAACGUGUAACCGCUCCUUCUCUUCCUUCCAAGCCCUAGGAGGCCAUCGAGCGAGCCACAAGAAGCCACGGGCCACCGAUGAAGGACACGUGUCCUGCUACUUCGACUGCGCAGGAGCACCGAGCUUGAGCACGAGCACCAAGAUCGAGGAAGGUAAAGGAGAAAAUAAUGGUAACAGCAAGGGCAGAGUUCACGAGUGCUCCGUUUGUGGGUCCGAGUUCGCGUCCGGUCAGGCGUUGGGCGGUCAUAUGCGGAGGCAUAGGCUCGCGCCCUUGUCCGAGCCCACUGUCAAAAAGGGUGCGCUUGGGCUCGAUCUGAAUUUGCCCGCACCUGAGGACGAAACCGAUAAUUACGCCAAGUUUCAGGGCGUUUUCGGGGGUGGGUUCGUGCAAUCUCAGCCGUUAGUUAGCUUCGCCGCCCUGGUGGAUUGUCACAAUUGAGGGAUAGGGGGAAGGGUUUCAAAAUCCCACAUGUGAAAAAGAGAAACCAGUGUAUAACUCUACUUAAUAAUCUUUGUAAUUCUUUUUUUUUUU